AUGAAGAGGCAUUUACAGGCCGUCGACAGGCGUGGAGGGAACAAGAGCGAGAACGGGACCACGCCAGCGGUAAGGGAAGAGUAUAGCCGUUCCACUGUGCGCGACGAUGGCUGCCACGUGGUCACGAAAACCGAAAGCGUGUGUGUAGGAGCGGAGCAGUCCGCGGAUGGCAAGCACCGCCUUGGCGACAGAGUGAGACGGCGACUCCGGGUGGUGUAUUCCUUCUAUCGGUACUGCCAUGAGUAUAAAUGGGAACGUCGACAGUCCCGUACAAUCGCUCUUUCUUCAUUGCUGUAUUUCCUGCCUGCUCUAGCCCUCCUUCCGGUAUGCCAGUGGGAAUCAUGGCUCUGGGCGUUUACAGCUGCUGUGUCGUUUAGCGCAGACUAUAUCUUUGUUGGCAUGAGACACAACAUGUGGGUCUGUGGAGUUCACAUGACAGACCGGUAUGUCGCCACCGGAAUGCUGGCGCUGCAAAUUUUCUACAACGUUCCCCUGUGGUUCAGCAAAGGGCUCCACAUAGGCUUGGCGGGUGUGAUGCUGAUCAUUUGCAGCUGCUUCUUCAAGUGCCUUGGAACGCGGACGAAAGUGUACCGCCACCAUGUUGUCUACCACUCUUUGUGGCAUGUUGUGGGAGGGGUAGGCCGGGUUUUCGUUGCUGCGCUAGAGUACCCCGAACUCUUGCAAAUGUGGUACUAG